AUGGCCCAACUUCGUAUACUCCAGAUGCUGUGGCCAGUCCUCAUCUGCAUAACCCUGGUCGCAGUCCAAGCCAAACAACCGCCAGAAGCAACUAUUGAGAAUGGGACGUACGUUGGUAUCCAUAACAGCCAUUAUAACGUGGAUUACUUCCUCGGAAUCCCCUUCGCUCAGCCACCGGUUGGAGAUCUGCGAUUGGCACCACCAGCACCACUGAACUUAUCAUUUUCUGGUGUGCGUAAUGCCACAAGGAUGCAGCCAGCCUGUGUUCAGUUCUUGGCGGCAACCAUCGACCGCCCGAUAUCUGAGGACUGUCUGACUCUGAAUGUCUACAGACCAUCUGGCUAUGAUAACCAGACUCUCCCGGUUCUUGUUUGGAUCUACGGAGGGGGCUACGUGCAAGGGAGCAAUAGCGACCCCCGGUACAAUCUUACUUUCAUCUUGAACAACUCAAUCAAGAUGAACAAGCCAAUUAUUGCCGUCGCCAUUAACUACCGACUGAAUGGAUUUGGCUUCAUGGGAGGCCCUGUCAUCAGGGAGCAUGGCCUUGCAAACCUGGGGCUGCGCGACCAACGCCUCGCUCUGCACUGGAUUCAGGAGAACAUUCAUUCCUUUGGCGGCGAUCGUACAAAAGUCACCAUCUGGGGCCAGUCUGCCGGAGCAGGGAGCGUGGGAUCCCAGCUGCUGGCGUACGGAGGACGCGAUGACUCGCUAUUCCGGGCUGCAAUUGCAGACAGUGGCGGUCCUUUGGGAUUCCAAGGCCCAUCCAAGGAUGCACAACUGGACUCGUGGAACGCAGUCCUGAACCUCACUGGAUGUUUUGGCUCCCAACCCUUGGCCUGUUUGCGGGGAGUCAGUUCGACCAACUUCACCUCUGCAAUCAAUGCAUCUGGAGCCAGAUUCGGGCCAUUCUAUGAUGGUGACUUUCUUCAAGGAUACAGCUCUGCGCAACUAUCAAAAGGACAGUUCGUCAAAGUGCCGUUGCUGACCGGGAGUAACACGGACGAGGGCACCGGCUUUGCUGGGGAUUCACCAUAUAUAGGAGCCCUCCCAGAGACCUCUUAUCCGAACGAAAUGUCGUUCCUCGCCGUCGUCAAUGCUUCGAUCAUAGAUCCCUCAGCAGCAACAGCUCUGGCAGUCAUCUCAGCCCUGUAUCCUAACGUCCCAGCCAUCAACGCCCCCCACACCCACCACGGCCCGUUGAACGCGACCUUUGGAUCUCACUACGGCCGAGUUGCCACAUUUGCAGGAGAUAGCUCCAUCCAUCGGGGCCGUCGAAUGGCCUCGCAAAUGUGGUCAAAAUACAAUACACCGGUAUACUCCUACCUCUUCGACCAGUGGCCGAUUGGAGGGCUCCCUGAUACAACAGGGACCACGCACUUUACCGAAGUCCCACUGAUCCACGACAACGAGCUUGGGAAUGGCUUUGAGGCACCAUGGUAUCCGGCCGGCAGCGAGUUUGCAGGCAUGGACCAGGACUUUUACUCCCUUGCCCGACUUAUGAGCCGCAUGUGGAUUGCCUUUGUGCAUGAUCUCGACCCGAACGAGCACGGCGUCAGUGAGUACAACGGCCAUCCAAUCCCUAAGUGGACUCCAUACGCAGACAGUGCCAGGGAUGCGUUGGAUGGCUAUGGUGUUAAUCUGCGUUUCCUCUCGACUCUCGCAGGACUGGCAGAGCUUGAGCCAGACACCUGGCGUGCGGAGGCGAUCCAGUAUCUGAACGAGAAUUCAUACGCGCUGUUUGGUGUUUAG